CCAGGGGCCCAGCCGCCAUGGCCCGGAACCUGUACAGUCCGCGGGUUCGGAUGGGCAACUGGAACGAGGACUUGUUCCUGGAGGAGGACCUCAUGAGAGAAUUCUUGGAGAAGAGAGACAAAGGCCAGCUGCUCAUUCAAAAAAGCCGGAGACUGAAAGACACCCUUUUGAAGCCGACAAAACUGUCGGUGUCAGUAGAUGGGCACAUCCACUUCGGUGACCAGGUGCUGCUGGUAAACCCCAACUACGACGAGAAGGAGGCUGACCAGUCUCUGGGGGGCGACCUGAGCCUGUGUGUGACCCCGGAUGAGAUGCAGGCAUUCCUGACACAUGGCCUGGAGGUGCCCUGUGGCCUGAGUGCAGCACAGAACUGCACCCCCAUGGGCCGGAAUACUUUCUGUGUGCUGAGCACUGGUCAGGAUGCCUCUGUCCCUGGAGAUGUGCUCAGGUAUGGGCAGGAUUUCUGCCUGGGCAUCACAGGGGGCUGUGAAGGCAGGAUGCUGUUCUUGUCUAGUGACCACCUGACGCUGCAGCGCUCAGCCCCGCGCUCCUGGCUGCAAGCCGUAUUCCUGGAGGCUCAGCCAUCCUUCCUGAGCUGGUGGCAGGCCACCUGGCCCGACCCCCAAAUGCGGCUGGAGUAUGAGGGUGCCCCUGUGCUGGCCAACUCUAGGCUCGUGCUCAGCCACCGGCACACCAACCGUGCCCUAGCUGCUCACCGGCACCUCCCCUUCAGGACCUACUUCGGGAAGGAGGUCGAGGUGGCUGCUCACAUGCACCUGGACACCCACAAGGUGGAGAAGCCGAGGAAUCACUGGAUGCUGGUGACUGGACAUCCCCAGGUCACCAACUCCACUAUGCUGGAUCUACCACCGCCACUGGAGGGGGACACUGGGGCCCAGGUGCUGCCUGUUUGUCCCCCUGCCCCACAGACACAGUGAACACUCCUCCCCGUCUCUCUUUCCUUCCCCCUUGCAGCUGUUCCCUGAGUGUGGAAAUAAAGACCCUUGUGCAGUC